AUGACAGUGGGGUCCAUUUGGAAAAAGGCAAGAUUUUCACCAGAACCUUCCCUUAAACCUAAGUGGAGACACAUUGACGGCAACCAAAUAAGUCCAACAGUUGUCGAACGCCGGCAGCUUGCAACAUCUGAAGUGCCUGUCACUUGUCCCCUGAACCACAGCCCCGAGAAACAAAAGGAUCCUCUUGCAAUGUCUCCUAUUAAAGGGAGACCAGACACUUCAGAUCACUCAACAAACCAUCUGCUGGCUCUUGCUGCUGAAGCAUUACGUAUGCGUCUCAAACCCAACUGGAUUUGUGUCUUGGACGGGAAAGGAAUUCACACCAUGCAACUGUCAAGAAAUUCCGAAAAGUGCGUUCAGCGCAGGAUCUAUUUCAACCCCCGUGGAGACGUCCAUCUGAGUGUGCACUGUGUCCCCAUUCCCAUCUCAAAUUUUGUCUCUGGUCUGAAGAUGGUGAAGCUUCACUAUCAGCAUGACGUUUCUGCUUUUGUUGCUGCGAUGGAAAGAGUGGUAAAUAUUGUCUGGCAGCUUGAAAUUUGUACAGGGGUGACCCAUGAGAAGUACAAACCCUUUUGGGCGUCUAGCACAAGGGGGAAAAUAGACGAAAAUCCUUACCAGGAAGCCAGAUACUCUGUCACCCUACGUUCCUUGCAAUGCUGCAGAUUAGUCAGACCCAGAAAGAGAAUGUGCCAUUCCUGUGCCAGGCUCCUUGAUACUCUGCGCUUGAAGGCAAGGAGCAGGGCUAAAAAGUUACAGUCUCAUCCCAUGCCCUAAAAUUUUUCCCGUAAAUCAGCUGCUAAUAAAAUUGGCAGGCCAGCUAUGACUCUUAAUGCAGGUGGUCCUGAAUGUCAGCAAAGUUUUGUCUUUUCACUCUUUCUGUCAGUCGUUCGGGCUGCUUCCCAGCCAGAAUUGGGUGUUUGAAACGACGUCGAUUCGACGUAGACUCGACGAGAAAUCCAUUGAUUCAACGUCGAACCGAUGUCGUUUCGAACAACUAGUUCUGGCUGGAAUUGAGCCAGGAAGCAGAAGCAGGAAAUAAUAAAUAAUUCAACUUAUCUCCAAAUUGAGUAUUUAUUCUAUAAUUGUGCCUUAGAAUGGUUUGCAUCAUUGCACCAAAUUAUGUGACUCAAUUCCUAGCAGUUAAGGAGAAAAUGCACCUCGACAAAAGAUAUAACUCAACUUGACCCCUUUCACGGUCUCAAUUUAGCGGUAAAUGGAAAGAACUCAACCAACGUCAACAUGACUCCAUUGCACAUAUUGUUGAUAUGAGAUAACUCAACUUGUGUUUUUAUGUUAUGAUUUAAAAAAAACAAGUCAACUUAAACCCGUUUUGUUUUAAGAACAUAAACGGAAAAGAGAGCUAAGUCAAUUAAAUGCUCUAG